UUUACCUCCCUCCCUUCAGUCAUUCAUCAACGCUCAGUCCCGUCCACACCCACCACCCCACAGCCCACAACAAACAGAGUGUGUGUUGCGUUUUCUCCGCUAACCCCUCCCAACAAAACCCUCUCCUCCGCCUUCGCAAGCAAGCCACCUCCGCCGGAUUCCUCUCGCCGUCGCUAUUCUUCCUCCCCUUCCCUCCGCUCGCCUCAGCGGGCCGGCGACGACGACGACCCGGACCUGCAUUGAUUUGUUUCGGGGUUAAGCAAUGGCAUUGUUGGACUGGAUUGAGUUGUCUGAUGACGAGGAGGUGACAGUCAAAGAAAAACUUCCUCCAGAAAAAGUCAAAGAAGAAUUUCCUCCAACAAAUGUCAAAGAAGAAUUUCCUCCCACAAGAGUGAAAGAAGAACUGGAUACUCAUAUACAUGGGACAGCGCAGUUGGAAGUAGAAAUUGUUGAUUUAACCAUAGAAGAAGCUGACGUUGAAGAGGAUAGGAAUGCUCACGGGAAAGGGGAUGCUGCUCAGGGGGCAACAACAUCACAUAGACAACAGUUUCUUGCACCUCAUGGACAAGGCGAGGCAGCUCAGACAGUGGUACCAAGACAAGAGUUUCUUGCUGCUGCUAAUGGUGUGGAAGAGUUUCUUGUAAUAGGUGAUGUUGCACAAGAGGCUAUGCAGUCUGGAAAUCAGGAUUUUGCUGCAGCAGUUGAUUGCGCAGAAGAGGCCACGCAUUCUGAAAAUGCAGAUGAAGCUGGCCCAUCAUUGUUUACAGAACAAGGUGCCGCGGCAGGUGAUUGCGGUGAAGAGGCUAUGCAGCCUGGAAAUCAGGAUUUUGCUGCAGCAGUUGAUUGUGCAGAAGAGGCCAUGCAGUCUGAAAAUGCAGCUGAAGCUGGCCCAUCGUCGUUUACAGAGCAAGGUGUUGCAGCAGGCGACUGCAGUGAAGAAGCUUUGCAGCCCGGAAUUCAGGAUUUUUCUGCAGCAGUUGAUUGCGCAGAAGAGGCCAUGAAGUCUGAAAAUGCAGCUGAAGCUGGCCCAUCAUUGUUUACAGAACAAGGUGCCGCGGCAGGUGAUUGCGGUGAAGAGGCUAUGCAGCCUGGAAAUCAGGAUUUUGCUGCAGCAGUUGAUUGUGCAGAAGAGGCCAUGCAGUCUGAAAAUGCAGCUGAAGCUGGCCCAUCGUCGUUUACAGAGCAAGGUGUUGCAGCAGGCGACUGCAGUGAAGAAGCUUUGCAGCCCGGAAAUCAGGAUUUUUCUGCAGCAGUUGAUUACGCAGAAGAGGCCAUGAAGUCUGAAAAUGCAGCUGAAGCUGGCCCAUCAUUGUUUACAGAACAAGGUGCCACGGCAGGUGAUUGCGGUGAAGAGGCUAUGCAGUCUGGAAAGCAGGAUUUUGUCGCAGCAGUUGAUUGCGCAGAAGAGGCCAUGCAGUCUGAAAAUGCAGCUGAAGCUGCCCCAUCAUCGUUUACAGAAGGUGUAGCAGCAGGUGAUUUUGCUGAAGAGGCUAUGCAGUAUAACCAUGAAGACAAAGCUGCUGAAUGCUCGUCAAUGACACGACAAGCUGCUUCAUCAUCCUUGUCAAUGACAGAACAAGGUGCUACUACAUCCUCACUAAGGACAGCGCAACAGAGUCACAAGAGAGAUGCAUUGAUAGAUUCCCCUCCCAUCGCAACUGUGGCGCCUUUUCCCCGGCAAUUCUGGAAGGCUGGGGAGUACAAGGUUGCUUCCCGAGCUUCCAUCAACAAUGGCCAGAACUGCUUAAGGAUUAAUCCCAAGUUUCUUCACUCGAAUGCUACGUCACACAAGUGGGUAUUUGGUGCUAUUGCAGAACUGCUCGACAACGCUGUUGAUGAGGUGCAGAACGGGGCAACCUAUGUGAAAAUAGAUAAAAUGAAAUAUUCUCCUGUUGGAGAGUAUUCGUUAAUGAUACAAGAUGAUGGAGGCGGUAUGAGUCCUGAGUAUCUUCGACACUGUUUGAGCUUCGGAUUCUCCAAUAAAUGCACGAAUUCAUCAAUUGGACAAUAUGGAAAUGGCUUCAAAACCAGCACAAUGAGGCUUGGGGCAGAUGCUAUCAUAUUCAGCUGCAGAAAAGCUAAUAGCAGAUUGACACGAAGUGUUGGGCUGCUCUCUUACACAUUCCUCAAAGGAACCGGCUGCGAUGACAUAUUAGUGCCAGUGGUUGACUAUGAAUUUGAUCCUUCAUCCCGCAAUUUCAAGAGGAUAAUGGACCGUGGUGAAAAACAUUUUUCUUCCAAUUUGUCCACUCUUUUGAGGUGGUCUAAAUUUUCUACAGAAGAUGAUUUAUUGAAUCAAUUUGAGGACAUGGGAUGCCAUGGCACAAAAAUUGUUGUAUUCAACUUGUGGCUCAAUGAUGUGGAUGAAAUGGAGCUUGACUUUACAACUGACGAUGAGGUGACAUUUGUUUCUCUCGGCGACUCUACUCCAUAGAUUUCAAAUUUCAGUAUUCCUUGUUUUUAUGAUGUACUUCAAAACUAAGGAUAA